AUGUCGCCCAUCGAUCCCUUGACAACAGAGCCCCUUUUACUGUCCUCCUCCUCAUCAGAAACAACGCCGGUUUCAAAGUCCGCCUCCCUCGUUCAAACUACCCUAACAAUAUCAGGGAUGACAUGCGGCUCUUGCGUCUCUGCAAUCGAGACAAACUUGAAGAAAGUGCCCGGAGUGGAAUCGGUCUCAGUGGCGCUCUUGACCGAGCAAGCCGUUAUCAUUCACGAUGAGGAACAGGCCUCCGUUUACUCGAUUAUCGACCAAAUUGACCUUUGCGGAUUUAAUGCAACCCUAAUGAGUAGCCACCCGUUCGUGAACCCGAAGAAGGAAACACCCGUCAAAACGGAUACCACUCACCUCAACACAGACUCAUCACCCAAACUGCUUGAAAUAUCCUUCAAAGUCGACGGCAUGACCUGCGCCUCGUGCUCAUCUUCAAUCGAAACUCAAAUCAAGAAACUCCCCGGCGUUCAUCUUGUCUCGGUGGCUCUCAUGGCCGGUCGUUGUAAAAUCAGAUGUGAUGCCAAAUCUUGGACAGCGGAUGCACUUCGGUCUGAAAUCGAGGAUCUUGGAUUCGAUGCAGAAGUCCUGUCCGUCGUCGACUUGAAUCCCAGCCUCUCAUCACUUUCCAAAUCACCUCAAGUCUGUUUAAUGGCUGAGAAUCGCUCUCAGCUCAUUAUCAUGGGAAUCUCAAACACACAAGGUGCUCAAGAUUUGGAAGAUUCAAUUGCCAAGAUGCAUGGUGUUCUAUCAUGCCAAAUCCAGUUCAACAACGGAAAUUACACAAUGAACCUCAAUCACAUUCGCUCAAUUGUCCCGCUCCGAACAAUCGUGGAUCACAUUUCUUCGCUUGGCUACGAUCCUCUGAUUGGUAGUGAAAAAUCCGCAACAAAUUCGAUACAGCUUCAAUCUCUUGCGCGGACAAAAGAAGUUGCAAGUUGGCGCCGCGCCUGUUGCUCGGCUGCAUUCUUCGCCGUCCCAGUUUUCUUCUUACAGAUGUUUGUCCCCAUGUUCCCGAAAUCGAACCUUAUCAAGAGAUUCUGCGACUCCUCAAUCAUCUUCCCCGGCUGGUAUCUCGGCGAUUUCCUCUGUCUUUUCUUGUCUCUCCCCGUCCAAUUUGGCGUUGGUCGUCGGUUCUAUCGCCCGGCAUGGAAAUCGCUGCGUCAUGGCACGGCAACCAUGGAUGUUUUGGUUGUUAUCGGCACCAGCUCCGCAUUCGUCUUUUCACUCCUCUCACUUCUGGUUGCACCGUACUUUAUUUCCAGCCGUAGCGUUCCCAGCACAUAUCACCCAACGAUCUUUUUUGACACUUGCACCAUGUUGAUCACUUUCGUCACUCUCGGCCGAUACCUCGAGAAUCUCGCCAAGGGGCAAACCUCUGCAGCACUUUCAAAGUUGUUGUCUCUGUGCCCCCCAUCUGCCACUCUCUACCUCGAUCCUCCCGACUGUACGCAAGAACGGAAACUCCCUACAGAAUUGAUUGAAGUCGGAGACAUCCUCAAAAUCAUUCCUGGGGACAAGAUACCCGCCGAUGGCACUGUUGUUAGCGGAGAGAGCUCAAUCGAUGAGAGUAUGGUUACCGGUGAGGCCAUGCCUGUCUCUAAAGGCGUUGGUGAUCAGGUUAUCGGGGGGACCGUCAACGGCUUCGGGACUUUCAACAUGCUUGUCUCUCGUGCUGGGUCCGAUACGGCGUUGAGUCAGAUCGUCAAAUUGGUCGAGGAGGCGCAAACGUCCAAGGCCCCAAUCCAAGCUUUUGCAGAUACCGUCGCUGGUUAUUUUGUCCCCACCGUCCUGGCGCUUGGUAUGCUGACGUUCGUGGGCUGGAUGGUCAUUUCACACACCAGCAUAAUCGACUACAUCCCACCCCUCAGACGUUUGUUUCUCACCAGUACGGCGCAAGAUGGAAAUGGAGGCGGCAAGUUCAUGACCUGUUUGAAAUUAUGUAUCUCUGUUAUCGUCGUUGCCUGUCCCUGCGCCUUGGGUCUCUCAACACCAACAGCCGUCAUGGUGGGCACUGGAAUCGGAGCUCAGAACGGGAUUUUGAUCAAGGGUGCUGGCCCUUUGGAAGCUGCAAACACGAUCGACAAGAUCAUCCUGGACAAGACUGGCACGUUGACGACGGCUCAGUUGCAAGUUGUUAGCAUCAGAUGGGCUCCCCAUUUGAACGGAGGAAUCGCCGGAAAUGAACAUGACAAGGCCAAGAAGCAAUUGUUGAUGGCUUUGACGGCAACCGAGUCCAGAAGUGAACAUCCAUUGGCCAAGGCAGUUGCGAAGUUUGGAUUGAAGUCUCUAGGGUGGCUCGCAGUGCCUUCAACAGUGCAAGUCAGUGGCUUCGAAAGCUUCACAGGUGCAGGCGUUCGAUGUGGGGUGAAACUGUCGAGUGAUGAAGGAGAAAGUGCCCAUGAGCUUGCAGUCGGAAAUUUCAAGUUUAUUAGCGGCGGACAGGGUACUCCAGAGAUGACCACCGAAGCUACCGGGUCCACUCCAUCAAGACUGCUGGACCCCUCGAUGAAGAGAUUUGAAGUUGAACACGAAGAUCAAGGACACACGUGCAUCUUUGUUGAAUUCGACGGUCAACUGGCCUGCAUGAUCGCAUUGGCCGAUUUGCUCAAGCCGGAGGCACAACAAGCUGUAGAAGCUUUCAGAAAGAUGGGGAUGAGUGUCAUAAUGGUCACAGGAGACCAUCGACGCACUGCACUCGCGAUAGCCAGCCAGGUUGGUAUUCCGCCCCAAGACGUUUACGCCUCAGUCUCACCAGAAGGUAAAAGAUCGAUCGUCGAGCAAAUGAAAGAAGAACACAUCGAUUCCUCGUCCCCAAGAGAUCGUCAACCGAACUCUAAAGCCAAGCGUCCUUGUCGAGUCGCUAUGGUGGGCGAUGGGAUCAAUGAUUCGCCUGCCCUGGCUUGCGCUGACUUGGGCAUCGCCAUGUGUUCCGGUACCGACAUCGCAAUGGAAGCUGCUGAUAUCAUACUCAUGAAAUCUAACUUAUUGGAUGUCGUCUCAGCCAUCGAUUUAUCCAGAAGAGUUUUCAGACAGAUCAGAUUAAAUUUCUUGUGGGCAAGUGUUUACAACUUGAUUGGAAUCCCAUUAGCGAUGGGAUUCUUCCUACCAUGGGGGAUCCAUUUGCAUCCGAUGAUGGCCGGUGCUUGCAUGGCGUUCUCCUCGGUCUCGGUGGUGUGCUCGUCGUUGACGCUGCGGUUCUGGACCAAGCCUAUGAUCGCCCUGCGGCCUGACGAAGAGUUCGUCCGGGCCGGCCCCUUGAUCGAGCUUCGAACUUCCCUACGUCGCCAGCUCUCAGGUCUAGGUGCUCGCAAUCCAUUCAAGUCCCUUGGUACCGCCUUCCUUAGCCCCAUCCGCGCGAUUCUUGCCGGUUCCCGCCACGCCCGUUCUGGUUCUUCAGCCUACUAUAGCCCCGUCUUGGAUACUGAUGUCGAGAAUGAGGAACUGCUGCCCAUGACUGCCGUGUAA